GCCGGCUGCCGGCGGAUGCGAAGCCCGGGGGCGGUGCGAGCCCUCCCAGCGCCCGCCCGCCCCCUGCCCUUUGCCCUCGCCGGUGUCCCAGCGCUUCCUGUUCCCAACCACGUGGGCAGCGGGAUGGCGGGCGGCGUGGCGGGCGAGGUGCAGUGCCUCAGCUACACGGGAUGCAACUUCCUGCGGCAGCGCCUGGUGCUGGCCACGCUCAGCGGGCGCCCGCUGAAGAUCCGCAAGAUCCGUGCCAAGGAGGAGGAUCCCGGCCUCCGCGAUUUUGAAGCAAGUUUUAUUCGCCUGAUUGACAAAGUGACCAAUGGCUCACGGAUUGAAAUAAACCAAACAGGUACUACCUUGUAUUAUCAGCCUGGUCUUCUGUACGGGGGCUCAUUGGAACAUGACUGCAGCCCCAGCCGUGGUAUUGGCUACUACUUGGAAAGUCUGCUCUGCUUGGCACCUUUCAUGAAGCAUCCCUUGAGGAUUGUCUUGAGGGGAGUAACAAAUGAUCAGGUAGAUCCUUCGGUUGAUGUCCUUAAGGCAACAGCUCUACCCCUUCUGAGGAAGUUUGGAAUUGAUGGUGAAAGUCUGGAAAUCAAGAUCAACCGAAGAGGAAUGCCUCCCAAAGGGGGUGGAGAGAUACUGUUUUCUUGCCCAGUGAGAAAGGUCUUGCAGCCUGUUCAGUUCACAGACCCUGGAAAAAUCAAGCGCAUCAGAGGAACUGCAUACUCUGUCCGAGUGUCACCACAGAUGGCAAACAGAAUGGUGGAAUCUGCAAGGGGCAUCCUGAAUAAAUUCCUCCCAGACAUCUAUAUCUACACAGACCAUAUGAAGGGGGUCAGCUCUGGAAAAUCACCAGGUUUUGGCAUGUGCCUUACUGCAGAAACCAUCAAUGGCACUAUUCUCAGUGCCGAGCUAGCCUCAAACCCUCAGGGCCAGGGAGCAGCUAUACUUCCUGAGGAACUGGGCCAGAAUUGUGCUAAGCUGCUGCUUGAGGAGGUCUACAGAGGAGGCUGUGUGGAUUCAACAAAUCAGAGCCUUGCUCUGCUCCUUAUGACCCUUGGACAGCGGGACGUUUCCAAAGUCCUGUUGGGACCUCUGUCUCCAUACACAAUUGAGUUUCUGCGACACCUCAGAAGCUUCUUCCAGAUCAUGUUUAAAAUUGAAACAAAGACCUCUGAGGAAGAGCACAUGGGCGGGGAGAAAGUCUUAAUGACAUGUGUUGGCAUUGGAUUUUGCAACCUCAGUAAAACUAUAAGAUAAAAAACAUCUACAGACUCCAUGAAAGACAGACAAUGCUGCAAAGAUCUAAUAAACCGUUCCUGUCUCUGUACUUACUCUGGCGUAGGGAGACCUGUGAUGAUUCCAGUGCGGGAUUACCCAAACUCACUGCAUGUAAACAAUAAAGCUGACUUCAGACUA